AACAAUUAAAUGCUGAAGAAAGUCCUAUGUAAGCAUUGCAGCAUUGCAGUUACUAUUUUUGAUAUAGCUACGUCACAGCAGGGUCACUUCUAAAUAGAACAUGACAAGGAAGCUAAUGUGGGAGAGACAACUGUAUAGGAAGCGAUUACCGUGGUCUAAACGGGUAAAAUAUACGAUACACACAUGUAGUUACAUAUGUACGGAGUACGUGGUGAACUAACAUUAUGUAGAUUACCCCAGAUCGGGUCGCGUCUUACUAACUCCGCCUUCACUAAAAUCCGUUGUUGCCGAGCCAUGCGACUUACUGGGAUGAUUUCUAAUGGAAAUCUGCCGAUAGCAUGGCGGCCGAAUUUCCUAGCCUUAUGCAUGAGAAGGAUCUAUCCGUGAUAGACGCUUAGUCUUCUAUAUCGGACUCGGGAUAAUGCAGUAUUAGCUGUGAAUAAGCGACUAAUGCCGCGAGAACGGAAUUAGUAGAUGUGAGGUUAUUCGCCUGGGCAUAGUAUAUGUAAGUUAGUCUUCCCCUUCUUCCAACACUAUUAAGAGCAUCAUGGAUAAUACAUUUUAAAUAUAGGGGUCUAUAACUUCGAGGUGUUACUAUCAAUAUAACUUGGAAGGAACCUUGUACUCGGUCUCGUUUUUCAUAUCACCCCCUUAACUGUCUGACAUGCCUCCCAUUACUGGGCAAAACGUGCUCGUCAUCGGCGGCUCGGCCGGGAUCGGUCUUGCCGUUGCCAAGAUUGCCAGCGCCGAGGGUGCGAACGUUUCCAUUGCCUCAUCGAACUUGAGCCGCGUCCAAAGCGCCGUUUUGCAAAUCCGAGAGGCCGUACCUGGAGCUCGGGUUAUGGGCUACGUCUGCGACGUCAACCACGACGACGCUGAAUCCAGCCUUGAAAAGCUGUUUGCGGACGUCAACGCCGCCGCUGGGGGUCAGCUGCUCGACCACAUCGUCUUCACAUCGGGCGUGCUCGAGAUCUAUCCGCUGAAUGAGAUGUCGAUGCGCACCCUGCGGGACUGCACGCAGUUCAAGUUCGUGGUGCCGCUGCUCAUCGGGAAGCUGGCUCCUCGCUACCUGAAGCCGAGCUACAAAUCUUCGCUGACAUUCACGACCGGCGUGCUCGCUGAAAAGCCCUUCAAGGGCACAGUCGUAGUCAGCAGUGUAAGCUCAGCCAUGUCCGGGAUUACCAAAGGUCUGGCUGUGGAGCUUGCGCCUAUCCGUGUUAACGCGGUGAGCCCUGGUGCGACGGAUACUGAUAUGCUAAGGGCUAUCCCGUCAAUGGAAGAACGUAUCCCGGCCAUAUUGGAGAGGGCACUUCUUGGAAAAGUCGGCACUGCUGAGGAGGUGGCCGAGGCAUAUAUCUAUUUGAUGAAGGAUAGUAACAGCACCGGCAGUUGCGUGAAAAGUAAUGGCGGUGGUCUUCUUAUUUGAGAAAUACCUAAAUGUGAUCUAGCAAUACUCGUUUUCUUAGUACCUAUUAAGUGGUUAUUUGUGGGCAUUAUCAGAUUGUUAACCGAUGAUCGAAUGCUAUAUUUCUACCUAGGCAUUAACAUCUAUUCCAAUCCUUACGAGGAUGGCCCGAUUGAUGGUUAUACGCCUCCUAGGAUAAAAAAAGGAAUCCAAAUGAUCAAAACGCCUCUUCUUGAAGUUCAAUGUUGUUGGGAUAAAAAGUACAAAGGUUAGGUUGGUUAAU